AUGUUCGACAUCGUCACGGGAACCCUCAUGCUUACGCUGCCACUCCUCAUUUGCAACAUAACGCUUCUCAGUAUCGUCUUCCUAUAUCGGAUUCCGGAAAGCUCUGCUGAGACACUUUCACGAGGCGCCGUGUAUCUCGAUAUCAGCGCGACGCUUUUCACGACCAUCGCGUCAUGGUCAAGCACCGUAUCGCCUCUGCUUGCGGGAUUCAUGAUCCUCCUAGCGAGCUAUCCCGCGGCGGCUCACAUGGUUCGAGGAUACCGAGAGAGUCGUGCGGAGGCUCUGCCAACCCCUUACCAAUUCGCGAUGAUGCUCCAGUACCGAUCUGGGGCGUUUUUCCGUGUCAUCGUGGACACGUGCGUCUACCUCACAUCGUAUAAGCGAGUUCGCGCCAGGUUUCCACCACCAUUACUCAUCAUGUCCGUUGCGUUUUGUAUCAAUACCAGCCUCAGUCUCUUCAUCUUCGCCACCGACACCUGGCUGCAUAUCGCCACUACCUCGGAAAACAUUAUCCGAUACGCGUCUAGCCCUGGGGCAAACCUAAGCCUAGCCCUUGUAGACGAGUGCCUUGAUAGUACUAAUACAGGCGAGGCGGGUGUUUGCACCAUCAACAGCGCUGCGGCGAAGGCCUAUCUGAUGUCAUAUGAAGGGAGCCCCAGCCCUGGCCUUGUGUUGAAUAACGCAUCUGACCAUGUCAUAGCAAAGCGGCAUCGUCAGGACGGGCGGUAUUACGCUUACCUCGCUCCAGCCGACACGCCGAUAAACGUGGUACAGGACUAUACAGCGUAUACCUACGCAAUGAGCACCGAUGAGUGUAGGACGUUGACGAAGGAAUGCGGCCUCGUGGCUUCCACCAACUCUAUGUGGCCAUUUAACUGUAGCGGCGUCGACGACUUUGGCUUUUUCGGCGGCAACCUCGCCGAAGAUUGGUGGCAAGUGGGCUACUACGACACGAACGACCGUUCCAUCUAUUACGAAGGGGUUCCGAACCCGGUCCAGUACAUUGCAGCCGUGUAUCUUCCCGGCGAUUGGCCGCUGCCGGAAAACGCGGUGGAGAGCUCGGCCGUGAUGCAGACGGGCCGAGCGGACUACGGCAUGGUCUUUCAGUGCCGCACCACCAUGUUUGACGUGGUUUAUGAAACGAAGAAUGACUCCGUCGUCUACUUUGAUGCGAAACCGACGAAUCGGUCGGCGUUCAACGCUCUAUCUGGGCCGAUCCGAUUGACCGCCGGCGCAGACUUGCGGCUCCAACACGCCUUCUCCGCUGCCGGCGCAAGCGGUUCCAUGGAUGAAAUGCUCGCCAAAUGGGCUAUUGAGUACGACAGCACAGCGAUAGCAAUGGCUGUUACCGGUCUACGCACCGUCCCUGCCUUUUCCGCUCGUGAACGCACCCCCUUGCUCGUAGCUAGAGUACCACUGGCGCCUUUGCUUUCCUUGGUGGUUGCCAACUUCUUGUACGUAGCGGUAGGGUUGGUUCUGGCGGCUGUAGCCAUUGUUGCGGGGAGAGACCACGAGACCAAGGAGGCCGUGGAGCGGUUAAGCAUUGCCAGCAUGACAGCGUUGCUAUUCGAGUCAGAGCGCGCGCUCCGCCCCGUAGAGAAGCUCGAGGAUAUGUAUAGGGAGUUUGGGGGCGAAGCGAGCUCUCGGAUAGCGGUAGGGAAAAGCACCGAAGGUGGUUACACCUACUACGUUACGUAG